AUGGAACUAAGGAAAUGGGCUUCGAAUUCAAGCGCGCUUGAACAGCAGUUUCUUGAAGAUGGUACCGCUUACGACAAUGAAUCCGGCACGACGCGCACAAUGAAGGUUCUUGGGAUUAUUUGGGACCGCACAACCGACGAAAUCAUUUUGAGCUCGCAAAACGUCACUACGUUUCUCACAUCCCAACAACCAACAAAACGCUCAGUUUUGCAAGUUUGUUCCCGACUUUUUGAUCCUCUAGGCUACCUGGCUCCUUUCACGAUUCGGGCCAAAACCCUUUUCCAAUCGCUUUGGAUAAACAAACACCCCUGGGACAAGGUUCUCCCGCAAGAAACGCAGAGUGAAUGGAACGCAUGGUGCACUGAAUUAUCUAUUUUUGAAUCAUUUCGCAUACCCCGGUAUGUAAUUUCCUUGUCGCCUAGCACUAUUGAGCUUCACGUCUUUGUCGACGCAAGCCCACAAGCUUAUGGCACUGCCAUCUACGUCCGUUCCAUCAACACAGAUGGCGCGAUUUCAACGCGUUUGUUGAUAAGCAAGAGUCGAGUGGCCCCCAUCAAAACAAUUACAUUGCCACGGCUCGAGUUGCUCGCUUGCCUUCUGGGAGCACGCCUCAUCGCCAAUGUAUUGAAAACUCCGAGCUUCGACAAUCCCCAAACAAGUCUCUGGACAGACUCCAAGAUUGCGCUUUACUGGAUCAAGGGGGAUUCGUCAAGGCGGCAGCCAUUUGUGAGAAACCGAGUCGACGAGAUUAACCGUCUGUCAGACCCUACUCAAUGGGCACAUUGCUCAAGCAGUCAUAACCCAGCCGAUCUCGUAACACGUGGCAUCUCGGCUUCUGCGCUCAAAAAUGAAGCACAAUGGUGGACCGGACCCUCUUGGCUAUCACAACCAAAACACACCUGGCCCCGAGAAGAACGUCAUAGUCCUCCUGAUCUGCCCUUAAAUGAAGAAGCACAGAUGUCCACAGUAAACCCUGUUACAACAGCAAUUCUACCCAAGGUUCUUCAGCUUCACCAUUAUGGAUCCCUAACUCGGGUUUUAAGGAUUACAGCUUGGAUUCAGCGAUUUGUUACGAAUUCAUCCAAGUCGAGGCCAUCAAUAACCGGACCAUUGACGUCUGCCGAGAUCAGAAGGGCCGAGACCUAUUGGAUCUCCAUCGCACAAAGGGAAUCCUUUCCUGAGGCCUUUGAUGACCCCCAUCAGAAAGAUUCAACAUAUACUACAUCAAACAUCGGCAAUCUCCAUCCGUUUCUCGGUGAGGACAAGCUGUUGCAUGUGGGAGGACGACUGCAAGAGCUAGAGGACUUGCCCGAUGUGAAGCAUCCGAUUCUCUUGCCCUGCAAGCACGAGUUUACUGACCUGCUAGUGUCGAACACACACCAACGACUGAUGCAUGGAGGUGUCCAAGGGAGUUCAACCAGCUGUCCACAGAGUCAAGCCUUCAAAAACAAGCCAAACUACGCCAAACAAUCCUAG